GAGAACGCUGCAGACUGAACGCCGGGCUGUCUCGGGUAGCUUUUUAUUUUAUCCGUGCAUCGUGUACAACAAUUAUUUUAGAAUUUUUCACUUAACGUUAGGUUUUUUUCGUCCCAAAUAGUACUUACGAAUAAUUAAAUGUUUAACGUUUUGUUAAAAACGUGUAAAAAGUGGAUACGUCAGAUUGUUGUGAUUUUUAGGUUAUUAUAUACAAAACUACCUGAUUUAAACGUCUCACUUUUGAAAAAGAAAAUGCCGUCAAAAAAGAUAAUGAUAAUGAUUCAUAUUAAAAUUAAAAACUAAGCUUUUAAACAUAAUUCAAAAGAAAGAAUUGCGCUCCUUUUGCUCUAAAUAUUAAUUCAGUUGUAAAAUGGUAGAUAAAGAAAGAGAUACUUUUUUAAAGUUUUUACACGAUUUAAGAGCAAAGAAGAAAGAUUAUUCUACAUUUGAAGAAUCAAUUGGUAUAUUACAAAAUUAUGCUGCAACCAAAGGAUUGAUAGAUGAAGAUAUUGAUCUAGUGACAGAUACUAUUAUAAAUACAGAAUUAGGUGCUACUAAAUUAGCGUCGUUAGCAAAGUGUUUAGUUCCAAAAUACAAGAUAAGCGAAUAUACAGUAAAGUCUCUUAUUUCUUGGUGUUUGGCAUCAAUAAAUGAAUUACCUAUUACUGUAUCCACUAUUGUCAUACAAUGGACAGUUGGAGAGACAUAUAGCACGUAUUAUUUAUGUAUUGACAAAACCAGAAGACGUAACUCGCAGAGAUGUAUCUAGAUUAUUAAAUCUUCAUCAGAAAUAUUCAAAACCCCGAAAACAUAUUAUCGUUUUAUUAUCAUUGUUUAAAUCUUAUAAGCCUGAAUUAGUCCCUGAAAAGAUUCAGUCUGUAAAUACGGAAAGUGUAUGGAAACCAAUACCUGAAGUUUUGCGAUUAAUGCUUCAAGACGCGAAAAGUCGUUCGGAAAUUCAGCAAACACAGGAUUUACAUCCAGAAUGUUUUAACUGGAAUAUAUUCGAAUUUAUGAAAACAAAGAAGACCGUAGCACCUCUGUUACCAUCUGUAGGAUAUUUUCAAAUUGGUUCUAAUAUAUUUAAAGAGAAAAAUACAAAAUCUAUUUUCGACAUUUCUAGCACGGAAGAACUAGGAAAAUUAAAUUUAAAUGUGGAAUUACCGUGUAAUGCCGUAUCUCUGUUGUCUAAUACCGCUGGAUAUCAUCUUCUUACAUUUUCUGACUUCCAGUACCAAAGUAGAUUUUCCUAUAAUCUUUACAAUACGUUAAUAAGAGCAUUUAUGUUGGAAAAUGAAAAAUUUUCAAUGGAAGAAAUUAAUAAAUUACUUGAUGUAACUAUAGAAUUUUCACGAUACAUGCAACAAGACGUACUUGUCGUUAAUCGUUUCCUCGAUGAAUAUCUAUAUUUCAAUACUGGAGAAUAUCUAACAAAGUUAUUAGCUUUAUUGCAGUGGAUGACUUCGGUGACUAUUACUGAUUUACAGGAAAACAUAUUAGUUCAUGUACAAAAUAUGUUUUACGAAUCAACCUUAAGUGUAAAGUGUGAAAUCAUUAGAACAUUGAAAAUGUUAAUCGUAAAUUUGUUUGUUAGUCAAGCGUGUAAAGAAUACAACCAUAAAACACGUGCACCGUUUUUAGGACAAGGUGCAAUGGAUAACUUAGAAGAAGCUAUUCCCGUUCUUACCGAAAUCUCGAAAAACCUUAUUGUGUCUGGUUUAAACAUACAUUCCUAUGAUAUUUUAUUGCUUGCAGAAGCGAUAUCGUUCUAUGAAGAGAUUUGUAUAUUGGAAAAUCAGAGCAGCGUAAUGUCUUUCACAUUGGCACCACCUGCAGUAAUUUAUGGAGGUUUCGCAACAAAACAUUGCGCGAUUUUAUCAAAAAUAUGCAAAUUAUUAUUAAGGUAUCGUAGUAGGAGUUCGUCGUUAAAAAAUUAUACGAUACAAAAAUUAUAUGAGAAAAAAUUUAACAUUCUAUCUAUUUAUGCUCAAGACAUCGUUGAAGCAUUGUGGCAUGACAAGCUAUUUAAAAAACACAGUAAUACGUAUUUGUUAAGAAACAUUCCAACAAGAGUGAUGGAAGACUUAGGACACUGCAAUUUAAAUUGCCUGUUAAAUAUCAGUAAUCAUUAUGCCAUCUUACCUUAUAAGUGUAUAUUAAAUAAAACAGGACUGAGUAUUGACACGAGAGAGGCUUUUGUAAACUGUCUUUGGCGUACGUAUAUUUUCAGACUAGAAAAUAAUGUUAUCAAGAGGAAUGUGAAAAUAACAAUGUAAAUUAAAUUUAAAGAAUUUGGUAAUUCGUUCAGGAGAUGAUACCAUGAUGGUCCAACGUAAAAUAACAUUCAACAUUAAAAAUAUGCAAGAUAUCAGUAGAAAUAGAAACAUUUAUAAUGUUCACACAAUGCUUAUGCUGCGUCGACUGACCUGGAUACACAAUCUAAUAUUUUCUUACGAACAUAACGAAUAAAUUUAAAUUAUUAUUAAAAAAUUUUAUCAUAAACGUACGAAAACAAGUAAUAUCUUAUUGUCAUGAAUUUGGAAAAAUCAUUAAAAUAGUGUUUGAAUGAAAAUAGUAUUCUCUUAUAGUCUCCUAUAGAUUGGCAGUAAUUUAUUUAUUAAUUGAAAUAAAGCAUGAUUAUUUAAAAACUAACUUAAAUUAAAUAUAAUACUAAUUACAUCACUGCAGUUCCAUGUUGACGUUAAGUUGAAUUUGAAUAUAACUUCAUUGACAAACACUUUUUAAAUAUGCUUUAGAAGAUAUUGGAGUAAAUAUAGAAUUUAGAAAAAUGCAAAAUAUAAUAAUAAUUGUAACACAACAAUUUUCUUCGCGACAUUAAUCACAAUCAUGUUCAGAAAAGAAUAAAAUAGUAAUUUUACUAAUGAAAAUGAUAUGAUUACUAAUUUCAUGCACUCGAUUAUAAUAUUCAUAUUUGAAAAUUCAUUAAUAUUUAUAUUUGAUAAUUCAUUCUGCUUUGAAUGUUAUCGCUAUGCGUAGUUUUCACGAUGCAAUAUACGUAGGAUGCAAAAUAUUUAAUACCGCAAAAAUUUCCCAUUUUCUUUUCUUUUUUUUUUUAUA